UUCCCCUCCUCACAAUUCUCUCCCCCCUCUAUAAGCUCACACUCUCUUCUUCACAAAAACAAAUACCACCCUCCCUCCACAAGCUAAGCAAAAAGCUCAUAAUGGCCUCAUCAGCCCUCUUCACAACCCCAACCAUCCAAAAGCCCACCCACAACCUCACCCCCUCCUCCCACUCCUUGACAGUCCAGGCCGAGCUGAGCCCACCCCUAGUCAUCAGCCUCAGCACGGGCCUUUCGCUCUUCUUGGGCCGUUUCGUGUUCUUCAACUUCCAGAGGGAGAAUGUGGCCAAGCAAGUGCCUGAGCAAAACGGGCAGACCCAUUUCGAGGCAGGCGAUGAACGGGCCAAGGAGUAUGUGGGCCUCCUGAAGUCCAAUGACCCGGUUGGGUUCAAUAUCGUGGAUGUUCUGGCAUGGGGGUCCAUCGGGCACAUUGUUGCUUACUAUAUCUUGGCUACUUCGAGCAACGGUUAUGAUCCUAAGUUCUUUGGUUGAGGAUUUUGGGCUUUUGGUUGUGGGCUUUGAUAGUUUGUUGGUGUGGUGUAUAGGAUCGCGGUGAUGAUGUAUGGGAUUUUGGUUUAUCAAUCAAAUGUUAGUUUACCGUGCUUUAGUUUUCCUGUUUAUGCUUUUUCA